AUGGUGACAAGGCAUAGACGGGAAAACACAGACCUAUAUAGACAUCUCGCCACUUCUUGCAGAUUCUCGCUUUGGCCUUCUGACGAUCCUGUUGUGAAGGUACGGAGAUCAAGGAAGGUCGAUCACUGGGCCAAGCUGAGAGCUAAGGUUCCCGAGGAGUUUUUGAGCUUGCCCAUCGCUGUCGAACUCGAGUCUCUCAGUAGCUCCAGUUUCUCUGACCUGUCUCUCGUGGACGAUGAGAAAAGAAGACGAAAAGGGAGGAAGAGUCGACAUUCGGAUUCUUCUUACUCAGACAGCAGUAGAGGGUCGGACGAGAGAGGGAGGAGAGGAAAACACAAGGAACGGUCGUCUGAGUCAGGGUCUAGGAGACGGCGGGAUACCAUCUGUGCUUCAACCGUAGCCAGAGAAACCUACUCCUACGACAUGGACAAAUUUUCACUCUUAGAUCGCCCGGCUACCUCUCAGGCGAUCGCAACUAUGGAGGCGCGCGGCAAACAAAACAAAAUCAUCGCUAUGAGUUCGCUAUCGUCUACGGAGGAGGACAUCCUUUUAUUCCUGCUGAUUCAGUUUGGAGUCCUUCCUAGCACCGCCACACACAAAGACCUACGCAAACUCAUCCGCAAGUCGCUACAUGGUAAGAUCAACAUCAGUCUACACUCUAACGGGAACUACCUACACACCAACGGUGUUUACAUCAACGUGAAGGGGAACUACAUCAACACACGCGGGCUGUAUAUCAACACGGACGGAAACUUCAUAGGAACCAGCGGAACGUACGUCAACAUCGUCAAGAAGGACGGCAAGAUGGAGGUUUCCAAGGUUCCGCCCGUCACCAGGAUACCGCAUAGCAAACCCAUGGCGAUCGACUGUAAAAGCCCCGAGUUAGAAUUUGACAUGCCGAUUUAG